ACCAAAUCCCCAUGAUGAGGUUGUACAGAACAGAGAGAAAAAAAUGCAACCCCAUACGACCUUCGCCUCAACGGCAGCAGUAACGGGGAAGCCAAGGAAAGGAGAAUCAUUAAAUUUUCUACAAAUCAUUAUCCACGAUAAAACGUAAAUUCAUAAUUAAUCAUGUAAUUUACUUAAGCAACUUCUUUUUCUCUCUCUUUCGCUCUCCUGCUUGCGUUCAACAACAUCGAAAAAACGGUCGUCAGAGAUGGUUUUUGUGUUUAGUUUUUUUUGUUAAAUAAAACUUCACCACACAACUACCAGCAAAGCAAGUUUGCAAAAAAAGGCAAAUAUUUGAUGGAAUAAAGCGUGUAUUUGCGCUGUGGACUACUGCUACGGACGGUCGGUUGCACUUGCGCUGUUUACCAUGGUUUUUCUGGUUUUCUGUUUUGGUCUGUUCCCAUUUUUUUUCUUUCUGCCUUCCAACAACAGGGUAGAACAAAAAGUAGGGGAAGCUUCCCCCGUUUGAAAGUGGGCGUAACUUUUCAACCCAGGUACGUGAAUGGCCACAUGAAUGGAUGUGGGUAGGGGUUGACGGAUACGGCAAAACGAAUACACACGGGCUCAGCUUCCAAUUCGUGAAUGGUUGCUUUAGUGCUGUUUCGUUUUUUUUUCUUUCUUUCAUCCCCAUUCAUUUACCUUCACACCUUCCAACCACCCCCCGGUGGUUCCUAUAUAUGUUACGUUAUGUUUUUAUGCUGCACCGAAACAGUCAGUAUUGCUCGAGAAACUGAAGUGAACGGAUCGUCGAAACGUCGCUGCGCACACGGGCCUCUUUCGGUUGUUUUACACAGUAUAGUCAUUUUCCACGUGUCGAACAUUAACAUGCGAUGAUCGAUCGUUGUUAAAAGUUCGCUUACAAACUUCGAUCGUGUGCGAUUUCUUCAGUGCAAAAAAGUGUACAAACCGCUCUGUGCGUGAAUAUUUUUUAGUUAACAGUGUGCAAUUUAUUUGUGUUUUUGUGUGCCAAAUACACGAUACCACUAGUCUUGUUGUGCGGUGAAUAUUGUCCAUUGUUGUGAGCGAACACAGCAAAAUAAUGCCACGACCAUCGCGUGAUUCGUACGGCGAUCAGAAGCCACCGUACUCGUACAUCUCCCUCACAGCGAUGGCUAUUUGGUCGUCGCCGGAAAAGAUGCUUUCGCUAAAUGACAUCUACCAGUUCAUCACCGAUCGGUUCCCGUACUAUCGCACCAAUACGCAACGGUGGCAGAAUUCGCUACGGCACAACCUUAGCUUCAACGAUUGCUUCAUCAAGGUGCCAAGGCGCCCGGAUCGGCCGGGCAAGGGCGCUUACUGGACGCUACACCCGAAAGCGUUCGAUAUGUUCCAGAACGGCAGUUUGCUCCGUCGGCGAAAGCGCUUCAAGCUGCACCAGACGGACAAGGAAUGUUUGAACGAAGAAUUCAUCGCGCUCGCCAAUAUGAAUCGGUUCUUUAUGGCACAGAAUGGUGCACCGACGUAUCAUCACGAUUCGGCCGCAUACUAUCCCCCGCUGGCGGAACCGAUCGGGACGAGCCUUUCACCCAGCAUGGUGUAUGCGCCUAUCUCACCACCACUCUCACCACCGGAAGACAUUGCCGGCGUUGGUCAAUCGGUCGGUAAUGGAGAGUCCGGAUCCGAAUCACCUGCCAGUGUUGUUUCCCUACCGCCAGCAACGACCACGACGACAGUAAGCAGCAACCCAAAACCAAAGCGAUCCUUCACGAUCGAAAGUCUCAUCGAACCGGACAGUUCAUCCGACUCCGAGGAAGGUACGGACCGUCCACAACCGUACCAAUUCCAGCAGCACCAGCAACAGCAAUUGGAACAUCUUCGCCAUCUAAGUCAGCAGCAGCUGAUGAGCAAUCUAACCGCGUUCAACGAGUAUGCGGCAGCGAUGCAACAUCACCAGCAGCAGCAGCACCAGCACCAACAGCAUCAAGCAGCGGUAGCCGCAGCUGCAGCAGCCGCCGCCCUUGGUAGCUCCUACACGGGAAGUGUCCCACUACAUCCGCUACUGUUACCGCUAGGGAAAAUGCAAUCUCCUGCCACCUACUUCUUGCAUGCGGGCGCCUCCUACCAUCACCAUACGCACCAUCUGCAUCAUCUCUAUCCGCCCCAUCUGCCGGUAUCUGCCGCAGCAGCAGCAGCAGCCAGCGGACCAGCGCAUCAUCUUCAUCCGCAUGAGCUAGCACAUCAAGGUUUGCGACCGGAACCACCGUCGCUAGCGAUCGCUUAAGAUUUUGUUCUGUUUUCAUACGUUUGGAAGGGGAGCGAUCUCGUUACUAGAACCUGGUAGUGACAUGAACCGUGAAUCAGCUUUAAACCACAUCUCCACAUCCUCGACAUAUUGGCAAUAGAAGACAUGGUGCUUACCCCCCGGGAACGGACUAAUCGGGCCGUUGGACUGAAUUGUGAUGUUUUUUUUUGCGUCCGCGUAAUAUUAUUAGAUUUUAUUUUGACACUCGAUUGUAAGUGCUUUGUAUUAAGGAGAAACGGAAAUGUUGUAUUUGUAGUUUUGCGUUGUAAUAGCCUGACCAGAACUGUAUACCGUAAAUAAAAGAUUAUUUUAUUCCUCGCGAUGGAGGUAAGAGACGAACCCCGUCGGUAGUUUAA